UUGACACCGCUCGCCAACAUGGCUGCUUGUCGUAUAGUUUGUGGGGAUUUAUUUCAAAUUUUAACCGUUUUUUGAUGUGGUGGUUCGCUUUACUGCUUCGGUUUUCCAGUCGCAGUUCGGAUAAUUUUAAACCGGAAAUUGUGAGAGGAGAGUGUCAUGGCGAAUGAAAACAGGAGGCAGUUCUGGAAGCGGAACAGCAAGGUUCCCGGAAGUAUACAACAAGUUUAUGGAGCACAGCAUCCCCCAUUUGAUCCCCGGCUACACAAAAACUUACUUAAAGAAGGUUCCAAGAUGUACACACAGUCAAAAUCAAAGAGAGCCUCAAGUUUCCAUGAGUUUGCAAAAAGCACCAGUGAUGCUUGGGACAUUGGGGAUGAUGAAGAAGAGGAGUUCUUGUCUGUUGCUUCCCAGAAUCUUAAUUCAAAGGUUGCAAUGGCAACAGCAGCUCAGGUCAUUCAGAACCACAAUAAACUAAAGGACCGGCCAGGUGAAAAGUUGCAUCAAUCGGAAUCAAUCGAUGAGGCAAAAACAAAUGGCAAAGUGGUCAAGUCAAACAGCGAGGUGCAACUAUCAAAGUCUUCAGGUGUCUCUUUAGGCAGAGUAACACUCCAGAAACAACAGUCACUCCCUUCGCGGCCUCUUAUUCCAUUAGUUGCAAGAAUUUCAGAUCAGAAUGCAUCAGGAGUACCACAAAUGACCAUAAGAGAAAAAUCUCGCCAUGAGAAAUUCAAGCAGCUUUUAAGUAGUGCACAUACUGAUUUGGAAGAGCUGAGGAAGUACAGUUGGUCUGGUGUUCCACGAGAUGUCCGUUCUGUUACGUGGCGACUUCUAUCGGGAUAUCUACCUGCAAAUAUGGAAAGAAGGGAAAUCACUUUGCAGCGAAAGCGGGAAGAAUAUUUUGGGUUUAUUGAACAAUAUUAUGAUUCCAGAAAUGAAGAACAUCACCAAGAUACCUAUCGGCAGAUUCACAUUGACAUUCCUCGAACUAAUCCUCUCAUUCCUCUCUUUCAACAACCUUCUGUUCAAGAGAUCUUUGAACGAAUCCUCUUCAUAUGGGCCAUUCGACAUCCAGCAAGUGGUUAUGUUCAAGGAAUUAAUGACCUAGUUACUCCUUUCUUUGUAGUAUUCCUUUCAGAGCACGUGGAAGAGGAUGUAGAAAAUUUUGAUGUAACAAAUCUGUCUGAAGACGUGCAAAGGAAUAUUGAGGCUGAUAGUUUCUGGUGUAUGAGCAAGCUAUUGGAUGGAAUACAGGACAAUUACACUUUUGCACAACCAGGGAUUCAGAAGAAAGUAAAAGCACUUGAAGAACUCAUCAGCAGAAUUGAUGAGCAAGUCCACUUUCACUUCAGGAAAUAUGAGGUAGAAUACCUACAGUUCGCAUUCCGUUGGAUGAAUAACUUGCUGAUGCGGGAACUGCCACUCCGAUGCACCAUCCGUCUUUGGGACACCUAUCAGUCAGAGCCAGAGGGAUUUUCUCAUUUCCACUUGUAUGUCUGUGCUGCCUUCCUCAUCAAGUGGAGGAAAGAAAUUUUGGAAGAAGAUGACUUUCAAGGUCUACUAAUGUUGUUGCAGAAUCUACCGACAAUCCACUGGGGUAAUGAAGAAGUUGGUUUGCUCCUAGCAGAAGCCUACAGACUUAAGUACAUGUUUGCAGAUGCACCUAAUCACUACAGACGAUAAGUGGUUAGCAAAAGCAUUGAGAAGUGAUUAAAACUCCCUGCAGUCUUACAGGUCAAUAGCACAGAAGCACUAUUGGCUAAGACAACUAGAGUUUCAACUACUGUGAAAGUAGUUUCUAUUUACUUGAAGCUUUUCUUAAGCUAUUAUUGUAAUAUACUAAGUUGGGCAAGACUGAGGUCUUCCUCGGUGUGCUCUUAAUGAAGCCUUGUUAAAUCUUUGAUACUAGGUUAUACAUAGUUCUUAAUAGAAAAGGAUUUAAAAGGCAUUAUAAAGUGUAUUUCUAUUUAAUAAUUAUAAUGUAUGUGUCCUUAACUUGAACUACUGUGAGUUUAUGUUUAGAAAAUUAGUUACAACAUUUGGGCUUAGUGUGCAUAAAGCAGACUAGUUAAAUUUUACUCAUUCUUAAGCACAGCCAGCAUCUAAUUCACAAUAUUUUUAUUGUGAUUAUUGUAUAAAUAUACACUUCUCUUAAUCUUUGUUUUAAAUUCACCAAUUUUUUUGUAAGUUUCAGCUGUAUCCAUGAGGUGAAAUCAUUUUAAAUAUUUUUGAUUUCUACUAAUUAUCAUUUUGAUAAGCAAAAUAUUUCCUUUUAAUGUAGAAUGUGGGGAAAAACAUCUUUAUAAUUUUUUAAAAGAUCUGCUUUAUGAUGAGCACUAAUGAUAUAUAUUAAAUAAAACAAUUCUAUUGCCAAUAAUGAUUUCAAAAUGUACUGAAGCCAUUCAAGAUUAAAAUAUGUUUCUCAGGUAUAUCAUUUUCAUUUAUGUGCCUUUUGACCUAUUCUAUUUAUGUAAAGUUGAGGAAAUAUUGCAAUAUUUGUAUUUUGCUUUAAACAGGGUGGUUGUGAAAAGUUCUGAACAUAUCUUUUAUUUCCCUCUUGAACUGCGAAUAACUUAUGGGCUCUAGAGUUCUUAAAAUGUUUUGUGCAUCUAAAAUAUAUAUAUACAUAUAUAUUUUAUAAAAAUAUAUAUAAUAUAUAUGAGACCUGAGAAACAGAUUUUCCUGUUGAUGGCUAACAUGAAGUGAAAUCUCUGAAAUUAGCCUUUUUUAACCUAAUUUAUGAUCACCCUUACUGGUUUGAGAGACUGAUUUUAUGGUGUUAAUUCACAGGAAAUGUUUUCCCAUUAACUGGACUGUUAAUGCAAAUCACAAAAGCUGAUGUCACUCUCAGUUUGCUGAUUGUUUUCAAUUAUUCACAAGGAAAAUUUAGAAAAGAUAGGUAAAUGAAAUUGAAGUCCAGAUUUAGAACAAUAUAUCAGAGUAGCAGACAAGCCAAGGACUGAAUAAUGUACCUCUAUUACUGUGAGUAAGGACAUAAAUAGGUAUGGAUAAAUGGAAUUGAUGUACAAAUUAGCCUUGACCCCCUAACAAAAUUUCAAAUAUUCUAAGAUUGAAAUGACCUACAUUUCUUACUGAUCCUGUUUUCAGGAGACAUUGCUGCUUCCAGUCCACUGAUAUGAGCUGCAUCCCACAAGAUAAAGCCAGAUGCAUCAUUACUCUGAUAGCCAGGAUGCUCACAAUCUUUAUCAGGCAAUUCCUGCCUGUUAGGUUGGGCAACACCUUACAGAUAAAUUCUUGGGAAUCAGGCUUGAAACUUGAACUAGUAUUUACAAGUCUAUAAGUCUUUUUACAGUCGGGACUCUGGGUCAGCUUUAUGCUGUUUAUUCCCUUGAUUGUUUUUGGUCAGUUUAUAAAAUGCAGUAUUUGCUUACUUUUAUGUCUUUCUUCAUUCUGUGGUGUCCUUCCUCAAAAAAAAAAUCAUCUGAAGGCAUUUAGUAAGUCAAUACAAAGAAAAGGUAGAAAAAUUAUGAUAGUUUUGGAUGCCACAGAUAAAUUUGAUUAGAUUUUAAGUAAUUUUAUUUCAGAUUUUUUAGCUAUUAAUGUGAAAAUUGCAAAUUUCUUUUUUAUUUGUUUUUAUUACUUUAUUUAAAGGACAAUUAUUGAAAACCACUCUGUCAUAAUUAUAAUGUACUUGUGUAUAUGUCACUCUGGAAAUAUUAAAUAACAAAUGUUAAUUUUUAAUUGAAUUUAAAGCAAAAACUGUUUUAUUUGUAAUUAUAAACAGAACAUGCUGGACAUAUUCAGCAGGUCAGGCAGCACCUUUGGAAAGUGAGUAUUGAUGUUUCAGCUUGAUGCCCUUUUCGUCAAUAUGAUCUGAUGAAUGGCCAUGAAUCUGAAAUAUUACCUUGAUUUCCAUCUGUAGUUUUUUUUUUGCUUUUUGAUUACUUUAAUUUCCUUUUUUUUCCAAAAGGAAUAGUGAAAUGUGCAGAUUAUUUCCUGAGCUAUUAUGUAAAUGUGUAAAUUCACAAAUAUGUUUGAAGUCCUAAUAACUGGUUCUGCUUCCAUUUUUAUAUUAGCUUACAGAUUAUCACAUUCUGGUUAAAAUGAAGCACAUGGAUCAAAGCACAAUUAAUUUCUUUGAUUCCCAGUGUAUAGCUUUUUUUUCCCUCUUAAAAACAGCCUUCUUGGGUGACUUCCCUGUUGCUACUGAUCUUAGAAAUGAUUUGCCAGUAUAAGGAGAGUUAAAACUGAAAGAAAAAUGACUAAAAUUUGGGGAUAGUUGGAUGAUAUCAUAGUUAGGGGGAAGGGUUAUUCUUGUUUGAGAUUUAAAUCUGUUUUAAACUGGCAAAUGUAUAUUAUAGAACUGCAGGUGUUUUCACUCUUGCAAAUAAGGGAACUGGGCAAUCAGUACUGCAUUCAUAUAUGUGAUGUUGAUUCCUCUGUUGUUGGGUAAAUUUGGUACUUUGGUCAGGAAUUAGGUAGUAAGUGAUCUUUUAACAUUUAGGAAGAGAUGAGUUCCACGAUGAAAGUGUGAGCAGAAACAACACCAUGAACAUACAAAUUCAUGUACCUUUACUAAUUUUCUGAAUUGUACAGGUGUGGUAGUGUUUUGCCACAAUUGUAUUUGACAUCUGGAAUUGUAAAUAUUAGUACUGUGUGUAUGACUGAAAAGCUUACAGUCACACCGUCAAAACCAGAAAGAUGUUGCAUGGUUUAUCAACAGUUUCUUUAGACCUUUUGGAUGUAAGUGAAUUAUAACUGUGACUUUUCACCUUUUCACUGUGUGGGGUUUCAAUAUGAUCAAAAGGCACAAUUUAUUGUCAAUUGUGCAAUAGGUCCAGAUGACAUGUUUUUUUCCUUACGUGCAUUGUGCAUUAGCAGUUAUAGUCCUGUUUUGGAAAUUACACAAUACAAGACAUUUCAUUUAAAUUGUUUGACAUAAACUUGCAGAACCACAUAAUAUAGCAAGAACACUCUUUCAGCAGUGAGAAAAUAAAUACUUAAGCCCUUUGGAUGUUACUGUUUUUGAAAAAUGCCAAAUUUUUUAAACCAUGUUUCUUUUUAAUGCUUCUGUAGACAGUGUUAUUACAAGGCUUUAAAAAUUAAAUUCUGCUCCACAUUA